CACUCCACCACACUUGCAGGAGACCAAAAUACCAUUAUAACACUUGGCUACGACGCGCCAAUGAACUCUCCUGCAUAGUGAGUCCAAAUGGCAGUUGUUACGCAAAAAAUGAUUGAUACUGGAGGAAAAAUGUUCUAAUCGACCAAAUCGAAUACCAGAGAAUUGGAACUGAGUGGAGAGCUCGGGCGUCUUGAGUCCUGCAUGCCCACUAUAAUGAAUACGCACGAAAACCCAAACGUGAGGCGACUCUCGGAAUGAACUACAAUGACAACUUGCGAGGACAAGUGGCCAACAACAAACCUCAAUAUCAGGUAAAUAUAAUUGGAUAAUUUUAAAUAGGCCUGGUUAAUAGCAUUAACAUUAACUGAUAACUGGCAGAGGACAUAUGCUAUCAAUGAAGAAUGCGACGGCGUGCCCACUGGGCAAAAACUGGUUGGAUCAACGUUGUUUCCAUGUCAUUUCAACCGUACAAUUAUAUGUGAUGACUUUGAAUCAACGUGGAAAACUGAUUGGAUUUGCCAAAAGUCAUCAACAUAAGGGGAUUUCGUAUUUUUUUCAUCCAACUUUUAACCUUAAUCGAAUGACAUAUGGUAACUUUUUUGUGGAUUUCAAUUACCAAACAAAUGUAAAUCAAAACUAGACGUUGAACUGACGUCUGUCUCCAGUGGGUGGUUUGUUCAAACGGAAUUGAUGAAGCCCUUGGCGGUGUCAUGCGUCUUGCCCCGCAGCCCAGCGCGCAAUCCUUGCGGUUCAUCAUUCUGCUGAUCCUCGUCAUGGGGGUGGCGCCGUCCCCGGCUCUGACGGCGGGAUGCCCGGCACGCUGCGUGUGCGAUGACCAGCUGGUGGUCCAGUGCGCCGGGCAGCACCUCACCACCUUCCCCACCGAAAUGCCACUCUCCACGAGGCAGCUCAUCAUCUCCAACAACCGCAUCAUUGAGCUACCGCCGCUUCAGCUCAACUACCUGUCGGACUUGGUGUAUUUGGACUGUAGCAACAAUUCACUGACGGAGAUAUCGGAGUCCACAUUCGGUAACCUGCGGAAACUUGCUUACCUCGAUUUGUCCUUCAACACCUUGACGCGGAUAGAGGACAGGACGUUCGGGCCGCUGUCCAGCCUCGUGAUGCUGAGGAUGACGGACAACCCCGGCCUGUGGGACAUUCACCCAGACAGUUUCGCGGAGAACUCGGCGCUGCAGGUGCUGGACGUUAGUAGAAACAACCUGACGGUGCUCAACAUCAGCUCUCUCAUCGGGCUGCCCACCCUGCGCUCUUUCGGCCUCAGCGGGAACCCCUGGAGCUGCGACUGCGACAAUGAAGACCUCUGUCUUUGGAUCCACGUUGAGGGAUUCAAGUUUCAAGACGAGGGCCAGACGGUGUGUGGUGGUCCUCCUGACCUGCGGGGGCAGCGCUUGGGUGAGCUGGGGCUGCAGCUGCGGUCACGGUGCCACCAGGGCCUGGGAUCGUGGGACUACCUGUUCUUCAUCGCCAUCGGCUUCGUCAUCUUUGCGGCGGGCACGGUGUCGGCGUGGGCCAUCGGGGUGGUCAUGGUGCUGUACGAACGCUACGUCAAGAAGAAGAGCGAGCAGAUGGACCCUGAGGACGAGGUGGAGCAGGGCGCAGGACCUGGCACGGGGAGCGGGGGUCGUCACGAUGCAAAUCCACAUGGCAAUGGAGGUUUUAAAAACACUGGUCACAUAGUGGUUUGACUCCUCCCUGUAGCCCCCCUUCCGGCUGUGCCUCGUAACCGACAGAACUACAAAACCUGUGAUGUCAUAGGAUGGCAGAGAUUAAGAAGAAACUUCAAAGUAGAGCACACUGGGAUUUCUAUUGACUCCCUUGUAAAAGACAAACGAGAGACAACACAUAGAUGUGCCUGAUUGAGAGUUGAAUGGUCAUAGUCAUACACACUGAAUGCACAAAACAUUAGGAACACCUUCCUGAUAUUGAGUUGCACCCCCUUUGGCCCUCAGAACAGCCUCAGUGCGUCGGGACAUAGACUCUACAAGGUGUUGAAAGUGUUUCAUAGGG